CUAACGUUGAUGUCAAACGGAGCCAUAAUAUAUACACAUGGCAGUAAUUUAAUGGAAGGGUAUCCAUACCCUCUCUCGUUUGCUUGGGCAUGCGAGAAACACCCGUUCUAUUUACUCACCUCUCUCAUUUCUCGUUUUUAUUUCCACUUUCAAUUACACCAGCCCCGGUCGUCGUCUUCCUUCUCCGCCGAUGUCGUCUCUUUCCUUCACCGCCACCGUCUUCAUCCUCUGUCGCCUCAGAAGCCAUUUGUGCGGAUGUCGUCUUUGUCGUGGUCAUCAUUCUUCGCUUAGGGCUUAUACCUCCCUUCUCAGAUCGGAUUCUCCUUCCAUCAGAUUUGUGUCCAUAAGAUUUGUGUACCUCGAUCAGUUGAGAGGUUUGAUUUUUCACCUUCUACUUUUUGCUGUUCGUGAUCUUCGUUUGUCCAUUUGGACUGUGGCUGUUGAAAUGUUGAAUGUUAAUAGACGAAGGCCAAGCAACCAGAGAUAUAACCCAUUUGGGGGCUGCGAUCUAUUGCUUUCUCUCCUCCAUCAUUGUUUUGUCCAUUCCUUGUUAUUUGGCUGUUGUAUUGCUCUUUUGCUUCUUGCUCUAAUCAAUUGGUGCUGCUGGUCUAUUUAGUGUAUUUGGGUAAGAUACUUAGAGUUUUUUUUUUCUUUUGAAAAUUUAUUUAAAGCAGUUGGAACUUUGAAAAGCACCCUUUUGCAGAGACUAAAAUUGUGAUGCAGGAGGUUAUGACAUGGAGGAAAAAGAUACAAGGGCAUAUGAAAUAAGGCAACUGCCUGCAACAUAAUGGUCUGCGACCUCUUCUAAGAAAAAGCGUACGAAUAUAGGACUUUAGCAGUUCCUCUGUAACUCAAAUUCCUCUUCAGUGUUCCCUGCAAAUCCACCAAUUUAGAGAGCUUCUUCACACCAUUUUUUUUUCUAUUCUAAUUUCUAUAUAUUUGCGGUAGGAUCUCAAAUCAUCUUACUCUGUAAUGUCACCUUCUCUUGAAUUCUUUAUUUAAACCUGUACUUUUCAAAAAAAUGGUGAUCUUGAAUUCAUUUUUACUGUUUUGUGAUUUUUGAAUUUCCUCUCUUUACAUAAUUAGAUAACCUUCAAGUUAAAGUGCAUUUAGGUGCAAGUAUGUCUCUCAUUCAUUGUAGGAAUUUGGAAGAAAAGAAAAGAAAAUAAUUCUCUCUUUUUCUUUACCAAAAUAGGUAAAGAAAUGGUGUCCAAAUUAUUUAAUCUGUUGUUUAACAAAUCAAAUUUAAAAAAUACCAACAAAUAUCUCUAUAAUUUUUUGAUUUAUAAUGGCUAUGAUUCACCUUCCUUUCAUAUAUGCAGGCCAAAAACGAGUAGCUCUAUGAGUGGGAAGACUCUAUUAAAUGGCAAUUUUGAAUUUUUUCAUUUGUAGAUGCAUUCGGUUGUUAAUUUGUUGUUUGUGUGUGACUAUUAUUUGUCUUUCAAUUACUAAAAUUGAUUCGGAGUGUGAGAAGCGAAAAUGUUUAAAUUUAAUUAGACUGUUGAAUAUUGAACAAGGUUGUACUCUGAAACGUGCCAUGGUCGUUCAGAUUAACUAGAAGAUGAUGAAAUUCGCCAUGAUUAAAGAUUUGUACUCUGAAUCUGUUCGACUAAGGCAAGGCCAGUAUUU